AUGAUUCCGAUUGGCGAGACUCAAGAUGGUCGGGCGGAUAUGACCAAUUUCGAGAUGGACUUGUUCGACACAAGAAUGAGUAACUACAAAGCUGACAAAGAUGAAGAACAAUGUUGCAGCUCAUCUCGAAACAGAAUUAUCAAACCAGCCUGUCUGCCUAUAACCAUAGUGUCUCUGUUCAUCAUUACCUUAGUGUUUCUGCCGUUAUUCAACGAAGAAGAUUUAGAGGCUCCUACUAAACUAUCCGCUUACUGUGAUGCGAGUUGUAAUUUUCAAAUCGUUGAAAGUAUUCCGACUGGUCUUACAUUCACCUCCGGAGACGUUCAUAACAGAACACAUCUAGCGUGGAUUGAUUUGAUUGACAACGCUCAAAACUAUAUCGACAUCGCUGCUUUAUAUUGGAAUUUGAACGAAUCUGAUUACAAGACAUCCAUCUAUGGCAAAUCUGUUUUUCAAUCCUUGAUUAAUGCUGGAAAAAGAGGUGUUAGAAUACGCAUAGCGCAGGAUGUUUCCAAAGGGUUAUCUAGUAACAGCGAUUCAAAGUAUCUUCUUGAUCAUAAACUUGCUGAAGUUCGAACACUCAACUUCAGUCGUCUGGUUGGUUCAGGUGUUCUUCACACAAAGUUUAUUAUCGUUGAUCUCAAGAACAUUUACUUGGGAUCCGCCAACAUGGAUUGGAAGUCACUGUCUGAGGUCAAAGAACUUGGCUUCACAGCAAAGGAUUGUCCUUGUUUGGCCACUGAUCUUUUCAAGAUCUUUGCUGUUUAUUGGAGAUUAGGAGAAGAUGCUAAAAUUCCCGAUAAAUGGCCAAUAUCCUACAGAACUACAUUCAAUAUAGACACUCCUAUGCCUGUGAUGAUAAACAAUCAGUCUUCUCAAGUUUUUCUUUCUAGCUCUCCUGGUCCAUUUAACCCUAAGGGACGAGCUCACGAUUUGGAUGCAAUUAAAUACGUGAUGGAAAAAGCUAAUCGUUUCGUUUAUGUCGCUGUGAUGGAUUUCCUACCCCAGACCCUGUACAUGCAAAACAACAGCUAUUGGCCAGCGUUGGAUGAUGCGUUAAGAUCAGCAGCUUUCAAUGGAAAACAUGUGCAUCUGCUAAUUAGUAAUUGGGCUCACUCGAGGCCUUCCGAAAUUGUUUUCCUCAAAAGUUUGAUAGGCAUCAAUGGAGCGUUAAAAAAAGGAUCAAUCAAAGUGAAGCUUUUUACCGUGCCCGCCACUAAGGAACAAAGCGAAAUACCCUUUGCAAGAGUGAAUCACAACAAGUAUAUGGUAUCGGAUGUGCAUGGAUAUAUAGGCACAUCUAACUGGGCUGGAGACUAUUUCAUAACAACAGCUGGUGUUGGAUUCAUAGUCGAGACAGAAGGAGAAAAUAAUAUCAGACAACAACUUCAAAGCAUCUUCGAAAGAGACUGGAACUCCGAGUAUGCGCAAGAACUUGUAUAA